AUGCAAUAUCAACAUCACUACCACCAAACCCAACAUAGUGGAGGUUUGUCUCCUAACACAGGAGCAGGCGAGGCGCAUAGUUAUUUUAAUGAUCCACAUUAUCCCCCUUCUAAUCCUCACUACCCUUACCAGCAUCACAAUCCACAUGAUCCCUCUUCUAAUCCUCACUACCCUUACCACCAUCAUCACAAUCCACAUGAUCCCAAUAACAACUCACAGUAUUAUCAAACACCACUACAAACGCCACCACCACCUUUUUUUUAUGAAAAUCUUGAAAUAAAAAGUCAAGAAGAUCACGACGAUUCGCCAAUGCAUAAACCAUCAACUUUGGUAAAAAUAUGGUGGGGUGGGCUUUCUAUCGUCAAUAUUUAUACGUUAAUUGGUACAUUUUUAUUGCUUAUUACAAUAUAUAAAGAGGCAAAUAAUAAAUCUAUAUCAAAAUCUGUAUUUAUAAUUAUCGCACUCUUUGAAUUAUUACCUCGUCUUUUUAAUGUUUAUCAAAUAAAAAAAUACACUCGCGCUAAGUUUGCCUUUUGGGAUGGAAUCGGUGUCUUUAUUGGCAAAAAAGAAGCAUACAUGUUAUUCGGAACUAUAUAUAUAACCGACGGCCAAGUGAGACGAUUAUCCUUGAUUUCAGACAUGAUUUGUUUCUUUUAUCUUGCUUGGUUAUUCUACGCGUUUAAAACAAAUAUGGGAAAUCUGAAAGGUCAAAAUUCGGAUGAAGUAACAAGUAAAAUUGGGCUUAACUUUAUCAUAUUAGCUAUAACCGCGGCGUUGUUGGCUCUUCGUGCAAUUGUAGAUGUGCUUAGUUACAUAUUUAAGUGUGGACGAGAAGAUAGGAUUCGGAGAAGAAGACUAGCCGAAUCAUCACGUGGAUUAGGUGAAAUCGGCAAUAAAGCUUAA